UGUCAUCCUGUAGAUGCAGGCAUCUCUUCUCCCGCAAAAGCAGGUGCUAUCCUUUUCCUGUUAUUUAGUUACCAUAAUGUUCUUAUGAAUAGAUUAAUUUAUUUCGUUUAUUUCCUGUGGUAGACGUCUGCGUUUAAGAUUUAUUGAAUGUAAUCUUAUUUCUAAUACACUUAAUACUUAAUACAUUCUGGAAGAGCUGUAUGUUCUUCUUGCUGAUCGAUGAUAAACAAUUGGUUUUUGUUUUCAUCUCUAGGAAUGGAAUAUGCUUUUGGAUUUGUGGCCAUCAUUCUUAUAGCCGGAGGUUUGUACUGUGUUAUCAGCCGGCGAAGGAAGACAUCAGAUGUUCCUAGCCAGCUUAAUCUAAAGGCCCUUAUUCCACUAAAGCACUACAGCUAUGCACAAGUGAAGAGAAUCACAAAGUCGUUCGCCAUAGUGGUUGGGAAAGGCGGAUUUGGAACUGUCUACAGAGGAACACUCUGUGAUGGUCGUAGUGUAGCGGUGAAGGUCUUGAAAGACUCAAAGGGUAAUGGUGAAGACUUCCUCAAUGAAGUUGCCAGCAUGAGCAAAACUUCUCAUGUCAACAUUGUUACCCUGCUUGGAUUCUGUGCCGAAGGUACCAAGAGAGCCAUUCUUUACGAGUUUUUAGAGAAUGGAUCUCUUGAUAACUUCAUCUCAAGCACAAAGUCGUCGAAUAAGAAUUGGAUGAAGCUAUAUGAAAUUGCAUUAGGUGUUGCUCGUGGUCUAGAGUACUUGCACCAUGGAUGCAGGACAAGGAUUGUACAUUUCGACAUAAAGCCGCAGAAUGUACUCUUGGAUCACAACCUUUGCCCCAAGGUUUCUGACUUUGGCCUUUCUAAGCUUUGUGGGAGGAAAGAAAGCAUCAUGUCAGUGUUGGACACAAGAGGAACGAUAGGAUACAUUGCACCUGAAGUGUUUUCAAGAGUGUACGGUAAAGUCUCACACAAGUCGGAUGUGUAUAGCUAUGGAAUGCUGGUUCUUGAAAUGAUUGGAUCAAGAGCCAAACCAUCAACUGAAGACACUGCAUCUACUAAAAGCUCAGUAUACUUUCCAGAAUGGAUCUAUACGGAUCUUGAGAUGGGAGACAGUGGAAGGCCUAAAGGAAAUGGAAUCAACUUUGAAGAAGAGGAGAUAGCAAAGACGAUGACAUUGGUGGGUUUGUGGUGUAUUCAGUCUUCCCCUUCAGAUCGUCCAUCGAUGGACAGAGUGGUAGAGAUGAUGGAAGGAAGUCUUGAUGCUCUUGAAGUCCCUCCGAAGCCUGUUUUACAAGCGACUCUUCCAGAAUCUUUUACGCUUUCAGAGGAUAUUUCUCUUUACACAGAAGUAUGUUCAAUGAAUUGGCGCAGCGUCAAGCUUGAUAAGCUCGAAGAUCGUUGAUU